AAAUUGCGCUUGACAUUCCGUGGUUCCGCUGCUGCACCGGCUUCUCCUCUCUUAUCCUUCGCUGCACGAGCUGCAUAUUUCAAUCCAUAAAUUCGCCUGCAUGUUGUCCUUCUGUGGGUCAUGUGACGUGAGGACCAGAAGCGCACAUUGUGCGACCUUUACGCGCGGCUGACGCGAGGGACGCGAUCCCCGGAGUCACUUCACUGAUGGUCGUGAGCGUCCGUCAGUAAAGGCCCCUGCUCUCUGAACACCGACGCGGUUUCCUCUUCUGAAAUGUGAGCUCGGAUCACGGGUCAAAGGCUUUCGCGGCAUCGAUAAGACGUGUCUGGUGAGAAUGAAGAUUUGGAGCACGGAGCAUGUUUUCAGCUACCCGUGGGAGACGGUGAUCAAGGCCGCCAUGAGGAAGUACCCUAACCCCAUGAACCCUAACGUGGUCGGGGUGGACGUGCUGGACCGCAGCCUGGAUGCAGGAGGACGCCUGCACAGCCACAGACUGCUCAGCACUGAGUGGGGCCUCCCGGGCAUUGUGCGAGCGAUACUGGGAACCAACUAUACGCAGACGUACGUGAAGGAGCACUCCAUAGUGGACCCAGAGGAGAAAAAGAUGGAGCUGUACUCAACGAACAUCACGCUCACCAACCUGAUAUCAGUGGACGAGCGGCUUCUUUACAGGCCGCACCCGGACAACCCAGAGGUUACCGUUCUGACCCAGGAGGCCAUCAUCACCGUCAAGGGAGUGAGUCUAAGCAGUUACCUGGAGGGGAUGAUGGCUAGGAGAAUGUCAGCUAACGCCGUCAAGGGUUGGGAUGCUAUUGAGUGGAUUAUUCAGAACUCUGAAAGAGAGAACGUACCUCUGUGUGACAUUUACUAACUCUGGACUGCAGUUCCACAGCUUUACCCGCUUCGCACCUCAUAAACCAACGAGGAUUCUCAGCAUCCUCUCAGGAUCCUCUGCAAUUGGUUCUUCCACCGCGAUGCGCUGAAAGCUGAGACUGACAGGCGAAUGCUUCCAAAGCUGAAGGGCUACGGAGCUGGAUGGAGACGGUAGUUAGUGGUGUCGCUCAACGCUCACUCGGUUAGCCACUGUUCCCCAUCAGAGCGAGCAGGGAUGAACAGGACGGCAUCCUUCCAGCUCCACCGCAGAAUACAUCGACUUGGUUUGAUAUUCAACAUGUACACAUUGUGGAGGAAACAAGGUAUGGCAUUAUGUCAAUAUGCAAAAAAGAACAUCUUAACUUUUAUUUGAACUUAUUUCAUGCCACAGUGGUGAUUCCUAUGGCGGACUUAAAAAAAACAAAAAACAUUUUCACUGGUGAUAAUUCAUGUUCUAAGACACACAAACUGUACAUGACAUGAUUGCAUGAUAUCAGUUUGAAAAAAUGCUAUUUGCUAGAUUUACAUUUGCCAAUGCAGCUUUAAAUAGGUAGGAAUUUAAAGAAAUAAUAUAGUUCAUCUCAACAUAAAUAGUGGGAAUGUACCGUUAAAAAUGGUUUCUUUAUCUGCUUGCAAAACAUUAUUUUUUUUAGUCUAGGCAGUUUUGCCUUAAACCAGCAGAUCUGUAGCUGCGUUCAUGAAGAUGCAGAGGACAUGUUCGGGUUUUGUGAUCAGUACAGUUGACUUUGUCUGUGGGCAGAAUUGCCCAUUUUGCAUGGCCUUAAUGAGGCCUAUUAGAGUUUUGUUCAUGCCUCAAUCAUUCAUGCCUUUACCAGUAAUAUACACGAUGCCUCCAAAGGUUUAAGCUCUCUGGAACGCGCUCCCUUCACCCCCUGAGGAGCAGGACUGUUGCAGCAGGAGAUGCACACAAUUACAAUGAUCACGUAAAAAUGAAUAUUUACAUAUUUUUUGUAUAAUUAUUUUUUAAACUCUGUAAAUUAUUACAAUGGGAUGUUUGUAUUGUCUGAAUGCCAUGCUAAAAAGAGUUCUUUAAUUUGCUUUAAGUGUUAUUUUUUUACUGCUGAAAGAAUUAAAAAUUUGUUUUUCAGGCA